CAGCCCCACAACUGUCAUACAUGAGGAACAGGCAUCUCACAAAAAAGAGGAGGCACAGUGUGCGGUAAAUAAUAGAGCAGAACUGUCCGGAUAGCAGUAUUUAUUACAGUAGUAUAUCUGUGGGUCAGGCAGAGAUUUAUUAGCUUGGUCAGUUAACCUAGCCACCUGGCUCGCUGUGCUAAUUUACUGCGGUUACUGCUCAGCAGUGCAGAGAGCGUUAUCUAGCUAUUAGCAGGCUAGGCUAAGCGCUGGAGCUGCAGACAGCGGAACACUCAGCUGGGAUGGGGAGAGAAGAUUCAGGGCAGUUUGUGGAUUGACAGGUAGGUGUAGUCAGUUGGCUUAUAGCUGUGUAGACAGAGCUGUUAUCGCUUUAAUAUUCAGCUUCACCGCAAUUUUGCAAUAUAUCAGGUAUUUUGAUGGCUGCAAGUUGUAUCCCGGGACGAGUGACCGUGUACACUGUGCCAGGUUGCCCACAGUGCUUACAGGCCAAGGCUACUUUGGGGGCUUUGGGUCUACCUGUGUGUGAUGUGGACGUGAGUCAUGAUCCAGGUCUUAGGGCUCAGUUAAUGAAGCUGACUGGUAGCAGCACUGUGCCCCAGAUAUUCUUUAAUGACAUCCAUGUGGGAAGAAAUGAGCAUCUAAAGAACUUGGCACCAGAGGCACUUGAACAACUAGUGUGUAUGGUGAAAAAGGAGCCUGUGCCACCGGAUGCUCCACCGUUACCUGCAGGAAGCAGUGCGGAGUGUGAUGAAAGGGAUAGAGGAGAGAACUUGAAGAGGAGCGGGCUGAGUGGCAGCCGCAGGAGGUGGUUAAGGGGGCACAGAAACAGCUUUACAGGGACAAAGCUGGUGGAUUGGCUGUGCAGAGAGAAGGGUUUGGCUACUGAACUUUCUGAGGCCCUGAGGAAUCUGAUCCUGAAAUUGUACUCUGAUUACCUCUCAGCUGAUGGCAAGUCAGUGGACUAUAAGUCUAUGUCUCAGAGCCCCUGUUUUGAACAUUAUUGUGAGCUGGCUGUGCAGCUGCAGCGCGUGGAGUUAAUGUCUUUGAGCCGCGAGGAAAAGCUUGCCUUCUUCAUCAAUGUCUACAAUGCCCUGGUUAUCCACGGGAACCUGCGCCUCGGCUUUCCCAAAAACGUGUGGCAGAGGUACCGGUUUUUUAAUUAUGUAAGCUACCUGAUUGGAGGCGAAGUGUUCACACUGCAGGAUAUUGAGAACGGAGUGUUGCGGGGGAACAGAAAAGGAGUAGCACAACUGCUAAAACCCUUCUCAAAGAGUGACCCUCGACUUCAGGUUGCGCUUCCUGAUGCUGAGCCUCUAAUUCAUUUUGCACUGAACUGUGGGGCGAAGGGCUGCCCUCCAAUUAAAACCUACACCCCACAGGGUAUUGAUAGUCAGCUGCGCAUUGCUGCUGAGGCUUUUCUGAAGAAUGAUGAUGGCUGCAUGGUGGACUCAGUGAAAGGAGAGGUGAAACUCAGCCAGAUCUUUAAAUGGUACAAGGCGGACUUCGGUGGCACGGAUGAAAAGAUUCUGAGCUGGGUUGCGGACCACAUGGGGUCGUCGCAGAAGAAGUCGAGUCUGAAAACCCUUCUCUCUGCAGGGAACGUGAAAGUGAGCUUCAUGCCUUAUGACUGGUCCACCAACAGCACGGAGUGAACAAGUCUCUGUUUGUUAUAGAAACGUUUUAGGGUUUUGAGCUGGGCUGCUGAGAAUCUGUGGUCAGUUUAGAUUUUAUAUUUCCAUAUCAGAACAGAGGUAUUCUUUACUAAGACUGCAGUCAGCUUCCUGUCAACCCUAGAGAAAAAACAAAAAACAGAGACUGAAGAUAACUAUGCAUCUACAUUGUUGGUGAUAGUUCCUACACAUCCCAAAGGGCAAGUUAAAGUUGUAGCCAUAGUAAAGAUUUUUAAAAGAUUUUUCUACCAGUAGUUUUCCUACUAAUGACGCUGGAUUUUGCACUUCUUUGUGGAAAAAGUUUGUCUUUAACUGUGUUAAAGCGGGUUCAGUGCAAUGUUGGACACCUGGAUUCAAUUCUAUUUAUUUGUUUCAAUAAGAUAUUGCAGUGUCAUUUAUCAGUGAAAUUUAAACCUGUUGAUUUAAAAAUCACAUUAUUUAUGACUGCUGUGAAAACAAUUAUGCAGAUUGCACAUAAUACUUUAUAUGUACCAAUAAGUAAAACUACACUAGCAAAUGCACUCUUAAUAUAACUGCAUGUGUUUAUACUGAGUCACCAUGACUGGAUUCAUGUGGGUUGCAGUGCCCCAGAGGUAAGAGACCCAUAACUUGUUUUUCAGUGACACCAGUAAUACCAGUGUCAAGGCUUACAGUACUGUGCAAAAGUUUUAGGCACCAAAGCAAAUUACACUAAUCCAUUUAUCUCAACAAUAUGUUAGUGUUAUUACCUUAAAAAAAGCACCACAUAGGAUUUAAACAGAUGCAAAUAAACAUACAUACAUAAAUACAGUAAAACGUAACAAGGAAUUCUCAUUUUUAACUAUAAGUAUGAUAUAUCCUGUGAGCCAAGCUGAAUAACAAAGUGUAGAGAUUCCAGAUUUCUCCUGGAUGCCCUCAGCCAGCAUGUGUAUAUUAUGUUCAGUUCCGUCAGCAGCUCAUCUGCUUUACCACAUUUACUAAUUUACCAAACCAGCUGUUGAUAUGAUGAGAACUAGAAAUAACUCUAUUAAGCUCAGAUGAGGAGAGAUUAGUAGAUGUUUUAAGGAAAACAGUGCUGUAAAGUUGCUGUUUGUAUUUAUUGUAAUGCUUGUGUUUUACUAAGAUAAUAAACACUUCACAGAUAAGAAGUUUUUUCUUUAUCGAAAUUCCCGAAGGUGCCUAAAACAUUUGCACAGUACUGUAUAUAUAUUAUCAUAUUAUGUGAUUUAAGUCUUAAGACUUGAUUUCAGGGUUGAAAACACUGAGAGAAUUCACAAAUUCAUAAUCUUAGGCAUAAAUAUGCAUGUCCUGGGAGAUGUUUUGCAUGUUGUAUGAAAGGCUAGACUAUACUGAGAUAAUUUACUGGCUCUAUGUUUGGCCAGGCAAUGCCUUUUUCUCACUGCAUGACAUUUAAUUCAGGAAAAUACUGGAAACUUAACAGAAAUAUACAUACAUAAAUGUUAGUAGGUAUGAUAUAUGGGGACAAUUUAAAAAGAAGCAGGUGGACUUUUAACAUGCUGACCUCUGUCCUUAUCAUGAAUUAAUGCACAGAUAAGAUUCUUAAACAAUACUGCACUCAAUCUCCUGCAUGAACCUGAUUUCUUGAGUUCUUGAGCAAUAUUACAUAUAUGUGAUGAAUAGAUGAUAUUGUACGUAUGCAAACCUCAACAAUAAAGCAUAUCUCUCUAAAAUA